CGGAUCUUUGUUAGGGUUUUUCCAAAAGACAGCGACCAUGACGACCACUCCUUCAUCGGCAACAACGACAACGCCUCGCACAUUCUCAUAACGUUACCAGUUGACAACACAACGCAACCAUGGCCACUCGCGGUGUCUUUCAGCUGCAAAAGUUACGCAUGUUCUACUGCGAACAUGGUGGAUCCUCAAGAGCUGUUCGAGAUUACUUGGGGGAGGGCGGAUUGGUGGAAUGGGCCAGGAAUCAUCCCACUGUUGAAAUCAUUUUGAAACCUCGGAAUGGCAAACACCCGUACGUGCUGGGAGAGUACAAAACGCAAGCUGCCACGCAUCAGAUUUGCAUCAAGAACUCCACACCUCAAGACAUUCAACAAGUACUCGACAAACUCCACAAUCGAUCGGGACGAAAGAUUAAGAAAAUGGUCAAUCCGGUCGUGACACCCACGCCCAGUAUUCAAGGAGUUUGGACGCCCAUGUUGGAUCUGCAAAAUACAACCUUUCCAGUCCGGUUUGUAGACUAG